AUGAAAAUUAAUCGCUUUUGCAACGAAUUUCCUCCAGCUUGGACGAUAUUUGCUCAGAAUGAUGAGCGGAAGAAUCCAGACAAUGUCGCAGGGAGUCAGGAACUCAAACAACUAUCACUUUCUAGCCUCUGUCUCUUGACUAUCGAAGGCCGCCUCAACAAGAAAUAUAUCCCGCUCACAUACGAAGUUUGCUCCAGCAAAAAUCUAGACUUUUCUCGCGGUUGUUUUGUGAUCCUCUGA